GUGGGACAGCGCCUUACAUCGAUCCGUACGAACCGUGCCGUUGCUUGCGUAGCCGUUUGCGUAUCGCUUGCGCCCGGAACCGAUCGGGCUGUCACGUUGUACACGCCGUCAACAGCUAGUCUAGUGCGAUCCGCGGUUUGGCCGCGCCGUCGACGACAUUGUUAGCAUAGUUUUGUGCGGUUUUUGCGUGACCUCCAGGCCCGGCCUCGGGUUCGCGUUUGGCGGCUUUACUUCCGUAGCCUCGUGCGGGUAUAAUAAAACGACCAGCCACCGCAACCGGUACCGGUGAAAUAUGAAUUCCAACGCCGUCGCGCUGCUGCUGCUCGUGGCACUGGCCGUCUGCAUCGGUGACAGCGCCGAAAUUCCACCGCUACCCGUCCAGGACGAACCGGCGGCGUCGACGGAAACGCAGGAAUCUUACCUUGGAGUGAAGCUGUACAAAAUGGAGCGCCCGUGUGCGAUGCUUGGUGGUGUGUGCGUGCAGACGAGCGAAUGCAACCAUAGGCCCGCCAACAGCGGCCUCUGUCCGGAAAAUGGCCAUCUCGGGGUGGAUUGCUGCUAUGAAGUGAAACCAGCGAAAAACAUCACUUGUCACGAGUAUCGAGGCGCGUGCAUGGACAAGUGUGCGGUGGCGUUACAGCGUCCAUCAUCGGAUUGCAGCGACGGGCAGAUGUGUUGCGUUUUGGUGGGUUGAGUUGACACGUGGACGCAUGUUUCGAUGCGUUUGAUAAAACGCAAAUUUAGAUUGCAACAAGUAUAGGGCAGAAUCGAAACAUUCCACUGGACGUCUCUCGCCGUCUUGUGCAGCAGUAGUCUUUAACCAUAUCGAAAGAAGCUAUUUAAGAAAGAAAACAGACACACAAAAAGGAUAUAAAAAGAAGCAUCAUCAAAAACCUGGGCUUUCAGCCACUUGAGU